AUGCCAGCGUUUCGGCUGGUUCAUUCAAACAAAAAUAAACCGGAGCCUGGAGAUGUUCUUUAUGCUUCACCAUCGGAUGGACCAGAACUCGUGUUGAUAAAACAGACGCUGAUCGGAGCCGAUAAUUAUGCACAGUGGGCUAGAGAUUUCAGAAGAGCCCUCAUCGCAAAAGACAAGAUUGGAUUCAUCGAUGGCACUGUACCCAUACCGUCGGAACCCGAUCUUGUCCGAUUUUGGAUGCGAUGUAACACCCUUGUCCGCGCCUGGAUUAACAAUUGUUUGACUGAAGAGAUCGCGGCUGGUCUACCACCUACAGAAGAUGCAGGUGAGCUUUGGGGAUUCAUCAAAGACAUGUAUGGAGCUUUAGAUCUUGCAAAGAUCUACAGCGUUCGACAGAUUCUUGCAGAGAUCCGACAAGAAAAUCUGCCCGUCACGAACUAUUUCAACAAGCUUUCUGUCGCCUGGAAUGAAUUGGAUACUGUUGAGGAGUCGAUCGUUGCACCACCGGAGGUUCUUCGACAAAUCCAACGCGCGAAGGAACGGGAGAGGUUAACGCAUUUUCUAAUGGGGCUGAAUGAAGGAUUUGCGGCUUUCAGAACCCAUAUUCUCACUUUUGCGGAAGCACCAUCGCUGCGACAUGCGUAUCAUCUUGCCGUCCAAGAUGAAAGCCAGAGGAGUCUCGGUCACCAUGAAGAAAAGGGCAUGACGGCUUUGGCUGCUUAUCAAAGGAGGGAGACGUCUGGAGAAGAUAAUGAAAUAGGGCAAGCUCAAAGUUUUAAUUGA